UGAGCUUUGUAGUUAUGUCUUCUUCUCCAAUUCCAGUUCCGAUUGGAAUUGCAAUGGAUUCUGCUUUUUCUGUCACAGCGACGAUGGCGCUUUUCAAACCUCUCAACAACCAUUACGCCAUAGUCAGAACCAGGCCACUCCUCCAGCUCCGUCGCCGCCUUAACUCCUGCCCUUCUAUUAUGCCUUUGCGGUGCUCAGCUGCUUCUUCCGGCGGCGGCGGCGACGAUUCCAUUAUUAUUCUCCAUGUUGGGGGAAUGAUGUGCGAGGGAUGUGCAGCUAACGUCAAAAGAAUUCUAGAAAGUCGACCACAAGUGUCAUCUGCUACUGUGAAUCUAACAUCCGAGAUAGCAAUAGUUUCGCCUGUAUCUGAAGAAAAAACUGCACCAAAUUGGCAGAACCGAUUAGGGGAGGCACUUGCACAGCAUUUAACUAGCUGUGGUUUCAGUUCUAGCCUUCGAGGUCAGGAAGAUAGCGACUGAAGGAAUUACUAUCUCAGCAUAUAAAAUACAAAAGAGUGGUCAUCUGGAGUCAAUGGUAAGUCUCUGCGCCGCUUCUGGUGUUUAUUGGAGAGUCAUGUUGUGCUCAGGUGGCCCUGCAUGUUGUAGAAUUUGCUGAUGUUCAAUCUAAAAUUAGCAAACAUGUAGCUAUCAAGAAUUUUGUGAACUCAUUCAUGUGAAGUUGGUUGGGUUUUGUGUGUAUGAUACACAGGACAUCUUGGUGAUUUCCGUACCAGCUGGUUGCUUCAAAAUGUUGAUAAUAAACAUGCCAAUAUGAAGAUGUUCAUAGCAUACUUGAGAAUUAAAAUCAAAUUAUCAGCCAAUAUGGGUCGCUCGAAUUGGAUUAAACCAACUUGGAUCCAAAAAUCAAAGUACCAGAGUUGUGGAUGAAGAAUGAUUGAUAGAACAAUUUGUGUUGCCUCUAUCUUUUGGCUCUCUUAAUUUA